AUGCGCAUGCCUACUGGUUCUUCGGUCAUCUUGGCUACCCUCGCCUCCUCUGCCUCUCUUGGCGCUCUGGUCAGCGCCGCCCCAACAGACAACCAGGACUCGGCCGCGGUCGCGCAAGCCCCCGGCAGCGAUGCCACCCCCAGCACGGACGCAGGUGGUCUCGGCUCCCUUUUUGGCGGUCUCGGUCGUCGCGAGGUUGACAUAGAGCCUCGCCAACUUGCCGGCCUCUUAAACACCAUCGAAAGCAUCGCUCCCAUCGUCACCGCUGUCCUUCACUCGCUCGGUCUCCAGGUUAAGGGCGCUGUGGACGCUGCCUCCGUGCUCCCCCAGGAGCAACUGAGCCAGAUCCAGAGCAUGGUCCAGCAAGCCACCGGGGGCGUACCAGUCUCUCUUCCGGGUUUGUCAGGCGGAGCACCCGGCAACGCGAACCACAGCACGAACGGCACCAAUGCCGGCAAUGGAGGCAAUAACGGUACUACCACGACCACCCACGCGCCGCGCGCCCCGCCACCCGCCUGGGUGGACGACCGUCGCAACGGCAACGGUGGCGGCGACACAGGCAGCCAGGGCUUCACGUUCCCUAUGCAGAUGGACGUCGUCCCCGGCGGCGCGCCUAUCCCAAAGCUUCCAGGCGGGGUCUUCCCUGGCGCGCCCGCAGCCCCGGUCAACGGCGUCCCGAUCGGGAACAACAAUGCCUCCGCGCCCGCGGGCCCGCAGCCCCCGAGCCCCUUCUCGCCUGGUCUCCCGCCGAACCCGCCCAACACCCCCGCCGAGGCGAUGAGCUCCCCGCCGCUCUUCAACCCCGCAACGGCCGAGGGAAAUGAUACCUACCCGGGCAACGCGACCUUCCCCGCGAACGGCACGGCGACCUCGACGGCGAGUGGCGAGCCCUCCUACCCGACUGGUUCUGCUUGA